AUGUCUGUUGAGUCUGGCCUUUCUGCUGGAGACGGUGGCGAGGAGAAGCCAGAUUCGGGGCGUCUGUUGUCAUGGGAGGAAUACCGGGCCCAGUAUGUGAUGAGGCAGAGGCUGCGAUAUCAGAUGCAGCGGGAAGCCAGCGAUAAUAUGGAGAAUUCCACGCCGCCGGCGCCUCCCGCUACUGCUGCUCGUGCUGCGCCUCCCCAAGAAGAAUGGCAGCAGCGACGGGAGCAGGCUCAGCAUCCUGCCGAGGAACAACGAAAUGAAGGAGCACUUGCCAACGUCUGGGGCAGAAUUGAGCUUCGUCCUGGUGAUUUUAUAAAUGCUGCACGCGUGAUGGGGCGGGUGAUCCUGGCAGCCUUUCUCGUCUUUAGAACAGUGUCCCUCUAUUAUGUUUUUCUGACGCUCAUGACUUACCUUGGGUGGCUCGCCGUAAGAUUUGCCUUUGCGUCGAUAAGGAUAGAGCGUGAGAACGUGGCUGGAGCGCGGGGUGCGUCCCAUGCGACGGCGGCUCGUGGAAGGCGUUCCCACCUACCCCACCAACACCACCGUAUUUCCUUGCCUCGGAAAACUUUAUAUAUAAUAACACGUUGCAUCACUUCUUUUCUGCUGAGUUUUUCGCCAACCUACUCGGUGGAACAAUUGGAGGCGGAGUUGUUGGAGGACGGCAUUAUUGGGCCGCAUCCGCACCAGGACUGA